AGUCGAUUAACUGGCUGCAAGCUGGCCAGGCUCAUGAGAUGCUUCUAGAAGAAACUGAUUCUGUUCCGCAUGUGCACCGCAUACCCAGCUUCCCAAGCUCUUCUCAAGGAUGUGGGUUCACUCUAGCAUUACAGUGUAAGCUGUCUUCACUAAAUUGUGCCUUUUCCGUCAGGGAGGGAGCAUCCCCGUGGAGUUCUGCCCCCUACUCCUGGGAACCGCUGGCUGAAUCCCCAUUUUCAGCCCAGAGGCUUCCUUCUCCAUUCCCUCCAGGAACCUAGUAGGCUCUGCACCAAUUCUACACUGCCCCUUCCUUUUUUAAGGGGCGAAAGGCUGAGCACUCCCUUGCAUGGUAAGUGGUCUGUCACUCUGUCCCGCUGUGCAGCCGUGAUUGGCGGGAAGGACAAGUCCUCUGGCCCCGCCCCCGCCUGUGUUUGCCGCGCUUGGUGGGGUUUUUUUGCAAAGGUGGAGAGCGAGAUUCCGGCGCUUGGACCUGAUGGAACAGCAUUCCCAAUUCUGACUGCUGUUAUUCGUCCUCCACCAGUGAGUCAGAGCCAAAAGAAGGCUAGUCCUUUCCUGCUGAAAGAGCUUUGGGGAACUGUUGCUCAGGACCUAGGCACUCCUGACGCAUCUUCUCAGUCUCACUCCUUUCUAUGGCUUCGCUGUGAAAUCACACGCACGUUUGUAGCUCUGUGAACCCCUCGGCUCUGUGCUCAGAGGAGGGGUCCAGGAAAACAUCAAGUGUUGGAAAGAGAGGGCUUCAGGGUACUGCGGGAGCUGUCUGAGGUGCUGAAACCUUCCAAGCGUUUGUCUCCACCAGCCCCAGAAGGGGUUAGAUGGCACGUUUUCAUUUCUGCCUUUCUGGUCCCUCAUGCCUUGGAUAAGAUUCUUUCCAGGAUCGUGAAUAUCGCUCCGUAUCAUGGCCCACGUGAGACACUUUCGGACACUAGUUUCUGGAUUUUACUUCUGGGAAGCCGCACUGCUACUGAGUUUGGUUGCCACAAAGGAAACAAACAGUGCGAGAUCUCGAAGUGCUCCAAUGUCACCUUCCGAUUUUCUGGACAAGCUGAUGGGGAGGACGUCAGGGUAUGAUGCGAGGAUCCGGCCUAACUUCAAAGGUCCUCCAGUGAAUGUCACAUGCAACAUAUUCAUAAACAGCUUUGGCUCCAUUGCAGAAACGACCAUGGAUUACAGAGUGAAUAUUUUUCUUCGUCAGAAAUGGAAUGAUCCUCGUCUUGCAUACAGUGAAUAUCCUGAUGAUUCAUUGGACCUGGACCCGUCCAUGUUGGAUUCCAUUUGGAAACCAGACUUGUUCUUUGCUAAUGAGAAGGGGGCUAACUUCCAUGAAGUCACUACAGAUAACAAACUGCUAAGAAUUUUCAAAAAUGGAAAUGUCCUUUACUCAAUAAGGUUAACAUUAACACUGUCCUGUCCAAUGGAUCUCAAGAAUUUUCCAAUGGACGUACAAACAUGUAUAAUGCAACUAGAAAGCUUUGGGUACACAAUGAAUGAUCUCAUUUUUGAAUGGCAAGAUGAGGCACCAGUACAAGUGGCCGAAGGACUCACUUUGCCUCAAUUUCUGUUGAAAGAAGAAAAAGAUUUGCGAUACUGCACUAAACACUACAAUACAGGGAAGUUUACAUGCAUAGAAGUACGGUUCCAUCUUGAGCGACAAAUGGGCUACUACUUGAUCCAGAUGUACAUUCCCAGCCUUCUGAUUGUUAUUCUAUCUUGGGUCUCAUUCUGGAUUAAUAUGGAUGCAGCCCCAGCUAGGGUAGCUUUGGGCAUCACCACUGUGCUUACUAUGACCACACAGAGUUCUGGAUCCCGGGCUUCCUUACCAAAGGUUUCCUAUGUCAAAGCUAUUGAUAUUUGGAUGGCAGUGUGCCUCCUUUUUGUGUUCUCAGCACUUCUGGAGUAUGCAGCAGUGAAUUUUGUAUCAAGACAACACAAAGAACUUUUGAGAUUUCGACGAAAGAGAAAGAAUAAGACAGAAGCUUUUGCACUGGAGAAGUUUUACCGUUUCUCAGACACGGAAGAUGAGGUGAGGGAGAGCCGGUUCAGCUUCACAGCUUAUGGGAUGGGGCCAUGUCUGCAAGCAAAAGAUGGUGUGCUUCCCAAAGGCCCCAACCACGCUGUCCAGGUCAUGCCAAAGAGCCCUGACGAAAUGAGGAAGGUCUUCAUCGACCGGGCCAAGAAGAUUGACACCAUCUCCCGAGCCUGCUUUCCACUGGCGUUUCUGAUUUUUAACAUUUUCUACUGGGUUAUCUACAAAAUUCUUAGGCAUGAGGACAUUCAUCAGCAGCAGGAUUAAGUCUCUGAAGGCAUUACAAAAACACUGUAGUCAGAAGGGAGUUUCCCUGCCAUCAGAGUGGGUGUGUGUCCGUGUGAUAUGCAAGUGAUAGCCAAGGCAUCAAAGCAGCACAUGGGGAAAGAGUUUAUUUUGAUUUUCUAUGUAACAUAAUGAGAAAGAUUGGUUCUUUUAAGGGAUACAAAAUACACAUUGUGGGGUCCUGUUUCAUAUUCCCGCAAGAUGAUCUGUUUCCUCCAUAGUGUCAAUGUAUGUUGUGUAUGUUAUACUAGCACAUACAGUAAAUAGGAUAACUACUUUGGCAUUUCUUGAUUUUUAAUCCAAUUAUAGCAAAUAAUGUGGAAUCAAGAUUUGCACAGUAAAAUUCAUGAAACAAGUAUAACAAAAUGAUGAGGACAAUAAAAAGUAAUAGUUUGAGGUAUAUAGUAUAUUUAAAAAUGAAAGUAACAAAAUCAUUCAGUGGCAAGUUCACUUCAGUUAGAACAUAGGAAUAUUGUAUAAACAACAUACAGUAACAAAAUAUUAAAUUGGAUGAUCAAAAUAAAAGCCACUGUUUAGGAUACUAAAUAUGUCUCUCUGGAAAUUUAAAAUAAACAGCUUAAGCAAUCAUAUUAUAUAAAAAUUCUAUGUAUCUUUGCAUCUCUAAGAAUGAAGAUAAAGAUACUGAAGACAGGCUUUGUAAAUAAGUGUUACAUUCAUUUUUAAUUAGUGCCAAACACUUAAAUUUUUAAGCCAACAUGGUUUUUGUUGUUGUUGUUAAAUUUAAUAGUAGCUUGUCUGGAUGUUUGGUGAUUUCAUGUAAUUAAACAAAAUUCAAUAAGAUUUUUCUAUUUAGUUUAGAAUGAGACUUUAAAUAUUAAUUAUACUAAAGUACUUACAUUUUGAUAUAAACAAAUUCAAGGAAAAGUAAAAAUAGAUUCAUGAAAGAAUUUUAAUAAGAACCAUUUUCUCAUGAAAGUUACAUGCGCAGCAAAUACCAUGGGUUUUAGUCCUAAAUGAGUGAAACGGAUCAACUGUAUCCAGGGAGAUUGCUUUAAUCUUUAUGGGUUAAUGAAUUAAAAAUGUAGUCAUUCACAAGUUGUGAGAAAUUUAAAAACAAUUUUGCUUGUAAUUUAUCCUUGGCCCAUGGCAUUUUCUCAGCUGCCAUGCCCUAGUCUUUCAGUCCCACAGCAGUUACUAGGAGAAAGUGUGUAACAGAAUUCUUGGCAAAAUUAAUCCAAGCUCUGAUUCAUUUACUCAUUUUCUUAAUUAUGACUGCCAUUCAUAUCAUAUUUGAAAAACUUUUAGAGUGAUUUUAGAUAUUUUAAUUAUUGAUUAGUCUAUAACAUUAUAUAAAGUGAAAACAUCAAGAAUUUUAAAAAAAUCUCAGAUGUGUUGUAGAAAAAUCAACUGUUUUUUAACCAAAUGGUACUAUUUUCUGACCUUCAACCACUCAGAAAACUCAAAGCAGAAACUGCCAUCUAAAACUAAAAACUUUUCAAUGUCUCUGUAGUUUGAUGAACCCAAUAAUAGAUUUUAAAAUUAACUGUUUUUUAAAAAAAAAUCAUGCUAAGCAGUGUUUGCUAGUAAAAAGCAAAAUAUCGCUUUUAUAAGUAAUUUACACAAGGUAAGAACAUUGUGUUUGUGAUUACAUGCAGUCAACAAGUAAAAUAGUUUGUUAUUGUGUGCUUCCUUUGCUUAAAAAAUACACAUCUAAAAGUUAAACAUACAUAUCAUCCUUUGCCAGCUAUGACCCAUAACCAUGGAAAUAUAUUCAUGUAUUAAAUAUUAGAACAAGAUAUGUUGUUUAUGCUGAGAGUUAGCCAGAGGGUUUGAAGUAAUGAUGAACUACACCCCUUCAAUGUUGGCAAAAUGCUUGCUUACAUUUUUCUGUGCUUUAUAUAUCUUAUUUCAAAAGUUUCCUGACAUUACUUAAAUUGAAUAAAUCCUGCCAGAAGCAAACAGAAAAAAAUAAUGAUCACAAACACUCAUAUGCCCCAAAGAAAACCACAGGUGUGACUAGCCAUCAUAUUUGAGGUCAUUAAAUGUCUGGGUUUUUUAUCUCUAAAGUUGAAAGGUAAUAUAUGAACCAUGAGAAAAUUUGUUGAGAAUGACAUUAGUUCUAUAAAAAUAUUGCUAUCUCAAAAGUACAUAUUCUUUAUCUUUCCUUAUAAAUAAUUCUUCUUUCUAUUACACUUACCCUGUCUUCCAACACAAACACUGAAAAUAGCCUUCUCUUAUGAGGUAAUCCUUACAAGGCAAACAGGGAUGAAUCAAAGGGACUUAAAGGAAUGUGUACCCUGUAAUGAACCAAUGAGAUAUUACAGAACCUUUACAACUGGAAUAAUAACAACAUCCUGAAGUAUUUGCCUCAAAAGGCCUCUGUCAAAUGAGAUUUUUUUUUCCCUUAGUACUGAGGAUUGGAAGCAGAGCCUGUCAAA